AUCAAGAUCAAUUUUGAAUAUAUAAACCACGGCAUUUUUCAUUCACGAUGUAUUCGAAUUUGACAAACUGCAGAAGCUACUAAUAGAUAGAACCUCUAUCAUUUAUUGGCAAUCAUGAAAUUCACAAUAGCUCUUGUUGCAAUUUUGGCUACGGCCAAUGCCUGGACAGUACCUAAUCUUGGCAAAGGUGAGCUUUACAAGGAUCUACAAGAGUUUGUAGAUUUGAUUCCUGUCGAUAAAGUGAUCGAGCUUGUUAAGCAAUAUAUGGCCGAAGAUGCUGAAGUAAAGAGAGGUGUGGCAUAUACGAAGACCGAAGAGUUCAAAGAAUUGGUUCAAGAAGUCGAGGCCAUACCUGAAUAUAUUAAGCUAUUGAAUUGCAUAUAUGAAGCUGGUGUCGACUCUUAUUACCUUGUAAAUCGUCUACACAAAUACCUUGGACUUCCAGAAUUGACACCACCAAAAAGCUUUUCCGAGUAUAAAAUCACCGGUGGAUACAAAGGUCUCAUCGAAGACGUCAAGCCACUCAUUCCCAAAGAAAAAAUCAAGGCUCUUUAUCAUCAAAAACUCCAAACCUCUCCGGCCUUCAAACAAUUCAUCGAACAUCUCUCUUCCCCCGAUUUCCAGGAAGUUGUUAAUACCGUCUAUGCUAACCCCCAUUUCAAAUACAUUCUAAACAAGGCCAAGCAAGCUGGUCUUGAUCUCCAACGUGUAAAAGAAUUUCUUCAAACCGUUCUUGGAAUCACCGUUCCGAAUGACUACUAUUCCGAUGAGUUCAAAUUAUUAGUUAAGGAAGUCGAUGUCAUACCUAAUUAUAUCAACCUGUUGAAUUACAUAUACGCCAGUGAUAUCGACAUUUACUACCUUUUAAACCAUUAUCACGAUUACAUGGAAAUUUUUAGAUUGAUACAACCAAAAGGCUUUUUCGAAUACGGAAUCGUCGGUGGAUACAAACCCUUCAAAGAGCUCAUGGAUCAUCUCACUUCUCUCGAAUUUAAGAAACUUUAUAAUACCGUUUACAAUGACCACCGUGUGCAAUACAUUGUGAACAGGGUCAAGCAAUCUGAACCUAGUAAUACAAAAAGCCACAAUCAUACAUUGGCAAUAAUGAAAUUGGCAGUAGUUUUGGUUGCCAUUUUGGCUGUGGCCAAUGCCUGGGCAGUACCUAACUAUGACAAUACCGAACUUAAAAAGGAUUUACAAGAGUUCGUAAAUUUGGUACCUGUCGACAAAAUCAAGAAGCUUGUUUUGCAAUAUGCCGCCGAAGAUGCUGAAGUACAGAAAGGUUUGACAUAUGCGAAGUCCGAGGAAUUCAAAUCAAUGGUUAAAAAAGUCAAUGCCAUGCCUGAGUAUAUCAACCUGUUGAACUACAUAUAUAGAGCUGGUGUCGACAUUUACUACUAUGUAAACCGUAUCCUCGAUUAUAUUGGAGUUCCUGAAUUGCCACCACCAAAUAACUUCUCCGAAUACGGUAUCACCGGUGGAUACAAGGGUCUCGUUGAAGACGUUAAGAAAUUAAUUCCCAAAGACCAAAUCAAGGCUCUUUACUAUCAAAAACUCGAAACAUCUCCGGCCUUCAAAGAACUCAUGGAUCAUUUCAAAUCUUCCGAAUUCAAGAAACUUUAUGAUACUGUCUAUAAUGACCCCAGUUUUCAACAUAUGGUCGUUGUAGCCAAGCAAUCUGGUCUUGAUCUUGAAAAACUCAAAGAAGUUUUUCACGUUAUUUGUCCCAUCUGUAUUGAGUUAUAGAACUAUUAGAAACCUAUAUGGAAAUGAUCAAUUUGAUAUUAUAUUUUGCAUCGUUUAAUUUUCUCAUGUUAAAAACUAUUAGAGAAUCUUGACGAUCUAAGAUCGAUACGACCCGGCUGAUACAUUUAAUGAUUCGAUUUUUUACACAUUCUUCCCUAGGAAACCAAAACCAAUAAAGUUUUCAAUUUUUUAUCAGAUAA